AUCGUGGUCAUAAUCGUUCUACAUGUCGCAGUUUCACCGCAACUGUCAGAUUGCACUUGUCGCAUUCUCCUCGGUGCUCGAAGAGGGUCCGCCACGCUCGAUGAAAUGUCCACGCCGCGUGCAUCGGAUGGGCCUGGGGUCCAUGUCGUAGGAGCCCUCCGACAUAACGCGUCGAUAUGCUACUGUCGAGAAAUCGCAGAUGAACCAUGACCGCUUUCGGUAAGAGCGAGGUGUAUACGCUGACGGCCCUCCGACAGCAUUACCAAGUCGCUUUCGAUGCCCAUCCGCUUCUCUUCCCGUUGACGACCUAUACCGACCACGGAGAUCGUUCGGAGGCGCCGCUUCAGACGUCAGUUCGGACAAUAUGCAUCCGCGCCUCCCCCGUUCUCAUCCGACAUCGCGGGGAAAACCAUCCCGCCCGUGUGAUCGUCCGGUUCGUGGUGUGUUCGCUGGCAGUUGUGAUCGGAGUAUAAUCGACUCAUGACAUCCUCCAGGAGCUAAGGAUAGAGAGGAUAUGUAGACGAAGGCCGCUGGAUGAACGCUGGAACCAGGGUCGAUGAGAGAUGAGAUGAU